UCUAUAUAAGUAAGCAUACGACUGAAACAUCGACAAAUCCCCAUCUUUAAAUCAAAUCCACCUUGUGCCAAAAAAGAAAGGAAACAAAAAGGAGUAAAGAUGAGAGUUGCGGUGAUCGGAAGUGGUAUAAGUGGAUUAGGAAGUGCCUACGUUCUUGCCAAAGAAGAUGGAAUUGAGGAGUUGGUGUUAUUCGAAAAGGAGAACUCUCUAGGAGGUCAUGCCAAAACGAUGCGUUUUGAUGGCGUUGACUUGGACCUCGGAUUCACAGUCUUCAAUCCUGUUACGUCUCCGAACAUGAUGGAGUUCUUCAAGAAUCUUGGAGUAGACUUGGAGGUUUCAGAAAUGUCACUAUCAGUGAGCCUUGACAAUGGCACAGGCUGCGAAUGGGGAAGCCGCAACGGCCUUUCGAGCUUGUUUGCUCAGAAAAAGAACGUUUUGAAUCCAUAUUUCUGGAAAAUGCUAAUAGAAAACAAUAAAUUUAAGGAAGACGUAGAAAAAUAUAUUGAAGAGCUGGAGCGGAAACCUGAUAUUGACCGAAACGAAACCCUAGGAGAGUUUCUAAAGUCUCAUGGAUACUCUGACAUGUUUCAAAAGGCUUACUUGGUACCGGCAUGUUGUUCGAUAUGGCCAUGUUCACCAGACCGCGUCCUUAACUUUUCGGCUUACUCUGUUCUUUCAUUUUGUCGCAACUACCAGUUACUUCAGCUCUAUGGGAGGCCACAGUGGCUGAAUGUUGCAGGACAUUCUAAGACUUAUGUGUCAAAGGUUAGGGUUGAAUUGGAGCAACGAGGAUGCAAGAUUAGAACAAGCUGCAUUGUAAAAUCUGUUUCGACAUCUGAGGAUGGUUAUGUCACAGUAACAACUGAAGAUGGAUCUCAAGAAGUAUUUGAUAGAUGUAUAUUAGCUGUGCACGCACCAGAUGCUCUGAGAUUGCUUGGAGAACAAGCCACAACUGAUGAAACUAGGGUUCUUGGUGCUUUCCAAUACAAUUACAGCGAUCUUUAUCUCCACCGAGACACUGAUCUGAUGCCGCGGAAUCUUGUUGCGUGGAGCGCUUGGAAUUUCCUAAGUUCUCAAAAUAAAGCGAAUCUGACGUAUUGGCUCAAUUUAAUGCAGAAUCUUGGAGAUGAGCAUGAUCCAUUUUUUCUCACAUUUAAUCCUGAAGUUACCCCAAAGAACACUUUGCUCAAAUGGACCACUGGUCAUCCUAUGCCCUCUGUUUCUGCCUGGAAAGCUUCACAAGAGAUGAUCAAGAUUCAAGGGAAACGUAGUGUAUGGUUCUGUGGUUCAUAUCAAGGUUAUGGUUUUCAUGAAGACGGGCUCAAGGCUGGUAUAGCGGCUGCACACAGUUUGCUAGGAAAAGAUAUGGUGACACCUCUGAGAAACCCAAAACACAUGGUCCUGUCUCUAACCGAGAAAGGGGCUCGGUUUUUCUUUACUAGAUUCUUGAGACAUUUCAUAUCCACCGGUUGUUUACAGAUAAUUGAAGAAGGAGGAUUGGUGUACACUUUUGAGGGCAAGGAUUCAAGAUGUCACUUAAAAUCUGUCUUAGAGAUUCACAGUCCUGAGUUUUACUGGAAGGUUAUGACACAAGCAGAUUUAGGUCUUGCUGAUGCUUAUAUCAAUGGAGAUUUUUCGUUUGUUGAUAAGGAAACAGGACUUUUGAAUUUGAUCAUGAUUCUCAUAGCUAACAAAGAACUGAACUCAAAAAACUCAACUUUUGCUAAGAAAAGGGGGUGGUGGCCACCGAUGUUUCUAAUAGCUGGUAUAGCAUCUACAAAGCAUUUUCUAAAGCAUGUUUCAAAACAGAACACUUUAACUCAAGCUCGAAGGAACAUUUCUCGUCACUAUGACCUUAGUAAUGAGCUUUUUGCUUUGUUCUUGGAUGAUACCAUGAGUUAUUCCUCUGCAGUAUAUAAGUCAGACGAUGAGGAUCUGAGAACUGCACAAUUGAGAAAAAUAUCUCUUCUGAUUGAUAAGGCAAGAAUAGAGAAGAACCAUGAGGUUUUAGAAAUUGGAUUCGGAUGGGGAACUUUUGCCAUAGAAGUUGUGAGAAAAACUGGAUGCAAAUACACUGGCAUCACACUAUCUGUUGAACAACUUAAAUAUGCAAAAGAAAAAGUGAAAGAAGCUGGACUUGAGGACCGGAUUAAGUUUGAGCUCUGCGACUAUCGCCAACUAUCUAAUGCUCACAAAUAUGACCGGAUUAUAUCUUGUGAGAUGAUGGAACAUAUUGGCCAUGAAUUCAUGGAAACAUUUUUCAGCCAUUGUGAAGCUGCGCUUGCAGAAGAUGGCAUAAUUGUCCAUCAGUUCAUAGCGAUACCCGAGGAGCGUUACAAUGAGUACAGACUAAAUUCAGAUUUCGUAAGAGAAUACAUAUUUCCUGGUGGAUGCCUUCCUUCUUUAGCAAGAGUUACUUCAGCUAUGGCCUCUUCUUCUAGGCUAUGCGUCGAAAACGUUGAGAACAUCGGAAACCAUUACUAUAAGACUUUGAGGAGCUGGAGGAAAAACUUCUUGGAGAAUGAGAAACAAAUCAUGGAUCUUGGAUUCGAUGAUAAAUUCAUAAGGACAUGGGAAUAUUAUUUCGACUAUAGUGCAGCUGCUCUCAAGACUCUUACCAUUGCUGAUUACCAAGUAGUGUUCUCACGUCCGGGAAAUGUAGCUGCACUCGGGGAUCCAUUUCGUAGCUUCCCUUCUGCUCAGAGAUAAACAAGAGUAGAUGAAUCAUUUCCAAACAUUUAAGUACUAUUCUCAUUUCUUGUGUGUUGUUUUCCAGAAAAGAUUCAUAGUUUGCGUGUGGAAGUUAUAUAUGUAAACUUUAUAAGGAUAUGGUCUCAUGAUUGAUUCUGUUAUGGAGCAAUGAUUCACUUCGCUACGACCAGUAUUAGAAUAUCACUUAUUGUAAUAAAAAUUAAACAUACUUAUUAAUG